GCUAAGGCAGCUGUAAAGUUUCUCUGAACUGCUUACCAUUCAAUGUUGCAAAAACUCCUCUGUUUGCUUUAAACGGUAAAAAAAUCUACAUGUAGGAAACUUACUUUGGAGUCGGUACAACAAAAAGACCAAUUUUAUCUCAUUUGGAUACGGUUGAAAGCAAUAAAUCAAAGAGUGAACGCACCAGAAGCAUCCUCCUUGAGCCUGUUUUGUAAUUCUGUGGCUGCUGAAGCACAAGUACAAGUUGUUUCCAGGACAAGAAAAUAUGGGAUGUAUAAAGUCAAAGAACUUCACUGAAGAGCCAAAAGAAUUGAAGGAAAAACCAGUACGUAAAUCUGAACCAACUAUUUAUGUGCAAGAUCCCACAUCCAAUACACAAGUGCCAAGUUCAAACCAGGAUUCUCAUCUAUUACCUGGCCAGAAGUUUCAGAAAUUUGAAGAGACAGAUGGCAAAAUAGUUAUUGCCUUGUAUCCAUAUGAAGGAAACCAUACAGAUGACUUGAACUUCAAAAAAGGGGAAAGGCUGAAAGUGCUUGAAGAGCAUGGUGAAUGGUGGAAAGCCAAAUCUCUUGUAACUAGAAAAGAGGGAUACAUUCCCAGCAAUUAUGUGGCAAACAUCAACACACUGGAAACUGAGGAGUGGUUCUUUAAAGAUAUCAGCCGCAAAGAUUCAGAGAGACUCUUAUUAUCAGCUGGAAAUAAAUCUGGUGCUUUCCUCAUUAGGGAGAGUGAAACAUCAAAAGGUAGUUACUCACUUUCAAUGAGAGAUUAUGAUCUUCAAAUGGGUGAUGUAGUAAAACACUACAAGAUUCGGUGCCUGGACAGUGGUGGAUUUUACAUCUCUCCUAGAAUUACAUUUCUUGACCUAAAUCAGCUAAUUAAACAUUACCAAAAACAGUCUGAUGGUCUGUGUCGAAAGCUUGGAUCGCCCUGUCUUAGCCCCCAACCACAAAAACCAUGGGAUAAAGAUGCAUGGGAAAUUCCACGAGAGUCUGUGAAACUAGUCAAGAAACUUGGUGCUGGACAGUUUGGAGAAGUGUGGAUGGGUUAUUACAAAAAUACUACAAAAGUAGCUGUUAAAACUUUGAAACCAGGCAGCAUGUCCGUGGAAGCCUUCCUUGAAGAAGCCAACCUCAUGAAGAAACUCUUACACGACCGAUUAGUGCGACUCUAUGCAGUAGUCACUAAAGGAGAUCCAAUUUACAUUAUUGCGGAAUUUAUGGCCAAUGGUAGUUUGCUAGAUUUCCUGAAGACAGAUGAAGGGAGAAGACUUGUAUUACCUAAAAUGAUUGAUUUCUCCGCACAGAUUGCAGAGGGAAUGGCAUUUAUUGAAAGAAAAAAUUACAUCCAUCGAGACCUUAGAGCAGCCAAUGUUUUGGUAUCUGAAAACCUGAUGUGUAAAAUUGCUGAUUUUGGCCUUGCUCGAAUAAUCGAAGAUAAUGAGUACACAGCCAAAGAAGGGGCAAAAUUUCCAAUAAAAUGGACAGCACCUGAAGCUAUAAGCUACGGGUCUUUCACAAUUAAGUCAGAUGUUUGGUCCUUUGGAGUUCUCCUCUAUGAAAUAGUCACAUAUGGAAAGAUACCAUAUCCAGGGAUGUCUAACACAGAGGUUGUAAAUGCUAUUGGACGUGGUUAUCGCAUGCCACGUCCUGAAGAAUGCCCACAAGAGCUGUAUGAUGUCAUGAAGGAUUGUUGGAAAAGUAAAGCUGAAGAUCGGCCAACCUUUGAAUAUCUCAAAUCGCUUCUUGAAGACUUUUAUACAGCCACAGAAGGUCAAUACCAACAACAGCCAUAGAACAAUUUAAAAUGAAAAGUCAAUCAAAUCAAUAACUAGCACCAACUGUUAAAUAGCAUGAAGGUAUAUAUGUAUACAUCAAAUGUAUUUUGUCACAAUUUCAUGUAAAGAAGUCACUAACUGAUGCUUAAUUACCUAGAUAACUGGAACAUUCAAUUGUACCAAAUAAUCCACAUCACCACAAGCAUGUUGUAAAAGGUUAUAUGUUCAGUGUCUAAAUUAAUAAAUCAAAAGUAGAUAAAAUAACCCAGCUAUUUUCACUCACAUAAAAAUUAACUCAAAUAGAAUGGUAGUGGCAAAUCAUUUCCUAACUGGGGGUGUGGGAGCAGUCGAGGU